AUUCCUCCUCAAACACCCCAAGACCCUGUUCCAUGGGCACUGGUACUAGAAGUAUUAGGUAGUGUGUCUGUCUGUCUCUCCCUCUCCACCUCUCUGGAUAUCAUCUCCGAUCACUAAUCGCCUCCGUGCCCUUGUAAAAUUCCAAUUAUACCCCCAACAUCGUCCCCCCAGUAAGUACCCCUCUCCCUCUCUCUCUCUCUCUAAAACUUUCUCCCUCUAUACGUACACACACAUAUAUAUAUGAUAGACAUAAAGAUAACAUACAUAAAAUUUUAUAUAUAUGCAUGUGAGUUGGAUUGAUAGAGAGUUGAUAUAUGGGGCAUAAGAAGCGAAACGCGGCUCCGCGACCCAAACAGUCGCCGACGGCGGUGCAGCCACUAGCGGGGGGGGGAGACGCCGUCGCUUCGGGCCCAGCCCCGCCGAUCGACUCGGACGGCUCGUCUUACUCGGCGGCGAAGCUCGAAUGCGAGCGGGCCCUUACGGCUCUGCGGCGCGGGAACCACACCAAGGCCUUGCGGCUCAUGAAGGAGUCGUGCCAGCGCUACGAGAACUCGGCUCACUCGGCUUUGAUUCACCGAGUCCAGGGCACUGUGUGCGUCAAGGUCGCUGCGAUUAUCGACGACCCCAAUGCGAAGCAGCGGCAUUUGAGGAACGCGAUCGACUCCGCGCGCAGAGCCGUUGAGCUGUCGCCGAACUCGAUCGAGUUCUCGCACUUGCACGCCAACUUGCUCUACGAGGCCGACAACGACGGGCAGAGUAAAGUGGUGACGGAGUGUGAGCGAGCGCUGGCGAUCGAGAAGCCCGUCGAUCCUGCGAAGGAGAGUUUGCAGGAGGAGAGCCAGCAGAAGAUAUCGACGACAGAGGCACGGAUUGGGCACGUGCAUAAUGAGCUGAGGCAGCUGAUUCAGAAGUCGAAUAUCGCCUCAAUCUCGACUUGGAUGAAGAAUUUGGGCAACGGGGAAGAGAAGUUUCGGUUAAUUCCAAUUCGGAGGGUCACUGAGGACCCAAUGGAGGUGAGGUUGGUGCAAACCAGGCGGCCAAAUGAGAUUAAAAAGGCGACCAAGACACCGGAGGAGAGAAGGAAAGAGAUUGAAGUUCGUGUAGCAGCUGCGAGGCUUUUGCAGCAGAAGUCUGAGGUGCCCCAAUUGGGGAAUGAUGGUGAGAAGAGUGAUAGGGGAUUGGAUUCGUCCUCCGGGUCUAGCCAGAGAGGUAGUGAGCGAAGGAAGUUUGGGAAUUUGAGGAAAAAUGGGUCCUCUGCGGAGAGGAAAGAUUGGGUUAGGUCGUAUUGGAAAUCAAUGAGUAUUGAUAUGAAGAAAGAGUUACUUAGGAUUAGAGUUAGUGAUCUUAAGGCAAAGUUUAGUUCGUCUAAGGAUGGUUUGGCAAAUGAGGUUUUAUCCGAAGCAUUGGCAUUUGCGGAGAGUAAUAGGAGUUGGAAGUUCUGGGUUUGUUGUAGAUGUAAUGAGAAGUUCGUGGAUUCUGAGUCCCAUAUGCACCAUGUUGUGCAAGAGCAUAUGGGAAAUCUUAUGCCGAAAAUGCAGUCAGUUUUGCCUCAAAAUGUUGACAAUGAAUGGAUUGAGAUGCUGCUUAAUUGUUCUUGGAAACCAUUGGAUGUGUCGGCCGCAGUUGGAAUGCUUAGGGAUCAAAGAAAAUGCAAGGACCCUGAGGUUUUUGAGGAUUUCUACUCGGGGAUUCAUACCAAGGACUGUGAUGAGUGCUUCAAAGAUGCGUGGGAUUCUUCACCUGAGAAGGAAGUUCUGGGGGACAGUCCUAGUGACUGUACUAUUGAGGGCAAUAACCAAGAGAAAAUUGCCCAUGUUGAGUUUGGAGAAUGUGAGGACAAUGGGUCGAUUGCUUAUUCUUCUGUUGCUAAUGGUUGGCCAAUAUCUGAUGAUUCGGAGCGCACAAAGCUACUUGAAAGAAUUCAUGCCUCAUUUGAGGUGCUUAUCAGGCACAAGUAUCUUGCUGCAAGCCAUCUUAACAGGGUGAUACAAUUUACAAUGGAUGAGCUCCAGGCUUCUGGUUCUCAGCUUCUUAACCAUGGUGUGGAGCAAACACCUAUGUGCAUUUGCUUUUUAGGAGCUAACCAACUCAGGAAAAUCCUCAAAUUCUUGCAGGACUUGUCCCAUGCUUGUGGUUUAGGUAGAUAUUCUGAGAAAAGUAGCAGUCCUAUGGAUGAUGUGAAUAACACGAAUCAGGGUGUUGAGAUUAAAGAAAGGAUUGUUCUCAACGGAGAUGCAUCCUGCCUCCUUUUGGAUGAGUGUCUAUUGUCAUCUGAAUGUACAUGUGGUGCUGGUCAUCAUACUGUCACUGAUGCUGCUCCUGCUGCUGUUGGUAAUGGAAAUGGUGUUCUUCCUGAUUCCGAUGCUCUGCUGUCCUGGAUAUUUGCAGGUCCAACUAGUGGGGAACAAUUGACAUCAUGGGUACGUACGAAAGAAGAGAAAACACAACAAGGGAUGGAAAUCCUUCAGAUGCUUGAAAAGGAGUUUUACCACCUGCAGUCACUUUGUGAGAGAAAAUGUGAGCAUUUGAGCUAUGAAGAAGCAUUACAGGCAGUGGAAGAUCUUUGUGUUGAAGAAGGUAAGAAGAGGGAAAAUGUCUCGGACUUUUCCCAUCGAAGCUUUGAAUCUGUUCUAAGGAAGAGAAGAGAAGAGCUUCUUGAGAGAGAGAAUGAUGUGAUGUUCCUCAGCAGUAGGAUUGAGUUAGAUGCCAUAUCAAAUGUUUUAAAAGAAUCUGAACACCUAAAUAUUAAUCAGUUCGGAUAUGAGGAAACUUAUGGUGGUGUGACUUCUCAGUUAUGUGACUUGGAAUCUGGGGAAGAUGAUGAUUGGAGAGCCAAGGAUUAUGUGCAUCAGGUGGACACUUGUGUAGAAGUUGCAAUCCAGAGACAGAAAGAACAGUUAUAUGUAGAGCUUAGCACAAUAGAUGCAAGGAUUAUGCGAAAUGUUACUGGAAUGCAGCAAUUAGAAAUUAAGCUUGAACCUGUUUCUGCUCAUGAUUAUCGGUCGAUACUGUUGCCUCUAGUGAAGUCAUACCUGCGGGCACAUUUGGAGGAUCUGGCUGAGAGAGAUGCCACAGAAAAGUCUGAUGCUGCAAGAGAAGCAUUUUUGGCAGAACUUGCACUUGAUUCUAAGAAAGCUGUCAGAGGAGGAAAUGAUAGUUUGCGACAUACGCAGGAGAAAACCAAGGAUAAGAAGAAGAACAAGGAGUAUAGGAAAGCAAAAGAUUCUAAGGUUAAUGGUGUCUCGGACGAGCACAUGCAUCACGAUGAGACUUCUGAACUUUCGUUUCCAGUUGCAUCUGAUGGUGACCUUCUGGAUUCUGAGAUUAUUGUUUCUGUGAAUGGCAAUGACUUGAAACAACUGGAAGAGGAAUCUAAACGAAGAAUUGAACUUGAAGCAGAGGAAAGAAAGCUUGAAGAAACUUUAGAAUAUCAAAGACAAAUUGAGAAGGAAGCUAAGCAGAAGCACCUAGCUGAGCAAAGUAAGAAAUCUACUCAAAUGCAUGCAGAGAAGGUGGCAGAGGGGACCCAUGAUGUUAAAUUGGAGCCUUGUGCUAAUGAAGAUGUGCAUGAGCGAUUUAAGCUUUCUAUGCAGGAGCCAUUGGCACAGAAGACUGGAUUCCCCAACAAUGUAGAAGGGGGCGCUCAAAUGAUUGGUGGUGCACAUCAAGCUAAAGUUAACCAAGGCCUACCUAAUGGAGGAAUUCUAGAGGAGGAUGGUUAUUUGCCUUCUGAUCGAAGAACAGUAAGGAAAAAUCGAAGGCAGAGGAGUUCCACAAAGGUGCCUGAUGGAAAGUCUCAAGCCCUGGCAUCUGAAAAGGAAAAUGUUGACGUUGGAAGGUCAACUGUUGAGGGUCACUUGAGAGAACAAAGCAGGUCACAUGACAGUCUCCUUGCAGACAGCAACAACGGAACAAAUGAACUGAGACAGCAACGAGCAGAGGAAGAUGAUGAAGAAAGGUUCCAAGCUGACCUUAAAAAGGCCGUACGCCAAAGCCUUGACACAUUCCAAGAACAUCAGAAGUUGCCCAUAGUCUCAAAUUCAAGGAUGCUUAAAAGGAUAUCUACAGAAGUAGAUGGUGGUGCUGUUUUACAUAAUGACAUCACAAAUGAAAAUGCGAGUGAAACUGAUAUAUUUGGUACAGGUUUAAAGAAUGAAGUUGGUGAAUACAACUGCUUUCUGAAUGUUAUUAUACAGUCCUUGUGGCAUAUUAGACUAUUUCGAGAUGAGUUCCUACAAAGAUCAACAUCAGAGCAUGUGCAUGUGGGGGAUCCUUGUGUUGUCUGUGCAUUGUAUGAAAUCUUCAUUGCCUUGAGCAAUGCAUCUGCAGAUAUGCGAAGAGAAGCAGUUGCCCCUACUUCUUUGAGAAUAGCUUUAAGCAACCUGUAUCCAGAAAGUAAUUUCUUCCAGGAGGCUCAGAUGAAUGAUGCUUCUGAAGUUUUGGUGGUGAUAUUCGAGUGUCUUCACCGGGCAUUUACACCUGGUUCAAGUGUAUCUGAUGCUGAAUCAGUGGAGAGUAGUUGUCCGGGGUCUUGGGAUUGUUCAAACAAUGCUUGUAUAGUGCAUUCCAUCUUUGGCAUGGACAUUUUUGAACGAAUGAAUUGCUACAAUUGUAGUUUGGAGUCAAGACAUCUCAAGUACACUUCAUUCUUCCAUAACAUAAAUGCAAGUGCUCUCCGAACAAUGAAGGUUAUGUGUGCAGAAAGCUCCUAUGAUGAGCUUUUAAAUCUUGUGGAGAUGAAUCAUCAGUUAGCCUGUGAUCCCGAGGCUGGUGGCUGUGGGAAGCUCAACUAUAUCCAUCACAUUCUCUCAACCCCACCACAUGUAUUCACAACAGUUCUGGGUUGGCAGAAGACAUGCGAGAGUGCUGAUGAUAUAACAGCAACGUUGGCAGCUCUUAAUACUGAGAUAGAUAUCAGUGUCCUUUAUCGUGGCCUGGAUCCAAAGAGCACGCAUAACUUGGUUUCUGUGGUUUGCUACUAUGGUCAACAUUAUCAUUGCUUUGCCUAUAGUCAUGACCGUGAAUGCUGGAUUAUGUACGAUGAUAAAACUGUCAAGGUGAUUGGUGGCUGGGCUGAUGUUCUUACAAUGUGUGAAAAAGGGCAUUUGCAACCACAAGUUCUUUUCUUUGAAGCUGUAAACUAGGCUUUUUGUGGAUCUCAUUACGUUCUUAGACUUCACAAGAGAGCAUUGGUGUUGUAAGUGACUUCACAUUAGUUCAUCAUCUGUGGCGAGGAACCAAUCAUAGUAAUGAAUUCCUCUGUACCCUGCCAGUUAGACAGUAAAGUUCACAACGUCUGAGAUGUUUCAGUUGAAGUCCAGAGUUCUGAUAUAGAUUAACAGUUUUGUGAUAUAAUGAAGAAUUUUUGUGGGAGCAACUGGUCCUCAAGGAAGAACCAUGUAUCUAGAAGAGAGUUUCAGCAUAAGCAGGCAAUUGAGGAGCCGAAAAGUGUAAGGUUGUUCUAUGUUUACCUCCAAUAACUUUUCAACAUAACCAGGUCACCUGUUCCUGCAAUUUUCCUUUUAAGGUGGAUUUGUUGAUGAUGAAGAAGAAGAAGGCAUAACAACUAAGUUGUCUGGCUGUGUUCACAUUUAAGGAGCUUAUAAACUGCCGUUUUCCAUAAUGGCCUUGAUUGCCAGUUGUUUCUCAGAGCAUGUAACAGUUGUAACGGGGGAAUUAUAGGUUUUGCAAAUCGAAGUCUUUUUUAGACGCUUUCUAUUUGUUAUAUUAUAUUUCCCCCAAAUUUUGAAAAAAAAGGUUUUGUAUGUAUAGAUAGCCCUAUUCCCCCACCCCCCUUGGGUCUUCCAACUUCAGCUUAAAGUAAAUUUGUUGCUUCAUCUUGA